AGUUGGAGGAAAGAAAGUGCCUGACAACGCAGACAACAAAUUGAGGAUAUUCUGCUUUUCAGAUGUCUUUUCAUUGAUCAUACUUGUAAUUUAAGGAUACUUGUCAAAGAUCAAGAACACAACCAUGGGGAAGACAAACCCUGAGCCCCAGAAUGCUUCGGGACAGGAGCCUCCAAUGUAUCUACAGAGGCCGUCAACAGGGCACUCUCAAGAUGUGCGGCACAUCCUGGCUAAAUGUUUCCGGCAGUUAUACACUCGAGAUGCUGUAAGACCCGAGACCGUGAAGAAUCUUCAAGUCUCAAAAGGAGGGGAUGACCCAUAUCACGAAAGAUAUGUUGACUCUCUACAGAAGGUUUACACAGAGUGGCAGAGACGUAUGGAUGAGGCAGCCAUGCUAGAACGGCACAUCAUGCAAGCUCAGGCCCGGGCAAUGUCAGCUGACGAGAGGGAGUUGAACAGAACAGCUCAAAGUUGUGAUAAAUAUCCCGAUCUCGGACUCCCACCAGGUCGGUCUCACUUCCGUUCUUGUAUUGAUACGGAGCUUCUGAAGAAACACAACCUGCUCACCCCCGAGGACUACGCCACCGAGGACCCCAUGUCUGUACCACCACCCCAAGCUUCGAAAGUGCCGAGUUAUGCCCGUGAAACACUGACAUCACAGCAACACAGUCGGCGUAACGAGGGGCGUGAGGACUCCCCCUUCCCCACGGGGGACCAGCUGGCUGUUAGUGAGGAGUUCCCAAGCUUCAUCUCGGACGAGGAUAUGGAGACUAAGGGAAAUGAUUAUGAAAAUGAUCUGGACACAUUUCCAAGGGUUGAUGCAUGGAAGCAGCACAUGACAGAAGAACAGCGAGAGAUGGAGCGCCACGACCUCGCCAACCUCCAGGCCAAGACAAACUACCUCCGCAACCAACGCUUCCUGUCAGGUUCAGCGCCCCCUGGUAUCAGGACCCUGAUCAAGUCACACAAAAAGAAAGCCAAAGAGAUCGGGGUAGAACCCAAACCAGAAGACUCCAUACCUCCGGAGCCUACACCAAUAUUCUUGGCGUCCCCUCCAGAAGUUGUAUUCCGGGAAUACCAGGUGGAACAAGUUUACGAGAUUGUGUUGGAAUUGAAGAACAUAUCAACAGUGAUUCGCCAGUGCCGAUCCUUACCUCCUUCAACACCCUACUUUACUGUAGGCCUAGGUCAGUUUCCAGGGGAGCAUGGUCUGGUAGCAGCUGGCAUGAGCUGCAAGUACCCGAUCCGCUUCGUCCCCGACUCUCUGAAGGACUUUGAUGAUGAGAUUGUCAUCCAGACCCAGUCCGCCAUCCCCCUCGUCAUCCCCCUGCGUGGACGAAGAGACCCCCCUAUCCUCACACUUCCCCCAAUACUGGACACCGGUCACUGUCUGGUCGGUGGUUACCACGUUGCCCAGUUCUUCAUCAAGAAUGAAGGCGGUACUGGCCGGUUCUGCAUCAUGCCCAGGUCGGCAUGGCCAGCCAUUAACUUUAAGUCCGUGGUAGCCGAAGGCAAGGUUGUGAUGCCUCCAUUUGACGUGCGGCCCUCAACGUUUGAGCUGAGGCGGGGCCAGUCCGGGAUCGUGGAGGUGAUCUUCAACCCCCAUGCAGCCAAGACGUUCAACCAGGAGAUCACCAUCGCCUGUGACAACUGCCAAGUCCAACACUUCCUGCUGAGAGGUGAGGGUCAGACAGCGCAGGUGGCCCUGGACUUUGUGGAGAGAGGAGAGUCCGAGACCCUGCCAGGUGAACUGACCGACUUCUCCGCACAACACCGCCUUGUGUUUGACGACCUCAACCCAUACACGUACACAGACCGUGUCAUCACCGUCCAGAACCUGACGAAAGUUGACCUUCCCUUCCAAUGGCUGACCUACAAACCACAUCUAAAUCCACCAGAUACAGAGGCUCUUGACACGGAGAACGCAGGACCUCGAGAUCGCAUACCUGACCUUGACACUGCUUUCAGUGUCAGCCCCAACAACGGGAUGGUUCCUGCUGAUGAGAAGAUGGAGUUCAAGGUCACGUUUGCUCCACCAAUGUUGAACUCCUUCCACAGUAUUCUGCACAUGGUUCUGCAACAAGUGCCACGCACCAGCCAGAGCAUGAGGGCCAUAGUUGGAAGGUCAAGUGCAAGGUCAGUUACAGCCUUGUCACAGAAGAGGUCAGUGUCAAGCAAGACAGAGAGUUCAGUUCAGAUGAAAGGGUCAAGGUCAGCCUCCUCUGAAAGGUCAUCUGAAUCCUCUGGAGAUGAAGACGGAGAAGUCAUCAUUCCAAUCGAUGGUCCUAUCUACUGUGACACCGUUGGUCUGGAGAUGGAGGUGAAGGGGAAGAGCGUCCCCCUCAACGUCGUCCUCCAUCCCUACGCCAUCUUCCUGCCAGGCAAGAACCCCAUCGGCACUACCAUCAAGAAACUCUUCACUAUGGCCAACCACAGUUUCUCCACGGUCACCUUCCAGUGGCAGCCUCACAGUGACAAGCACAUCAUCGAGGUGGAACCUCCGUUUGGAGAACUAGACCCUGGUAUGGCGAUGGACCUAGAGCUGAGUCUGACUGGUGUGGAACCCGAGAAGAUCAGCACGACUCUGUACUGCUUUGUCAUGAACAUGGACGACCCUCUGGCACUCCACAUAGAAGCUGAAAUGAAGGGUCCGGAGAUCACAGUAGAGGAGCCUGAUGUCAACUUCGGCCUGGUGCGCCUCGGCCAGACCGUGCAGCGGACCGUCACCCUGUACAACCAGUCCCAGCUGGUCACCAAGUGGCACAUACAGGAUACACCGCUUCCACUUGCUGAGGACCCAAUGGCACCCAGUGAGUUCAUAUUCAGUCCUGAGUCGGGUGAACUUCGACCUCUGGAGAGGAAGGUCGUUACUGUGACCUUCACCCCAAAAUCAGCGCAGACGGUCAAGAGAGUGUUGGAGAUAGACAUUGAAGAUGGAAACAAAAGCUCUAUCGCAGCGUACGCGGAAGUACAGAGCCCGUCGGUGUGCCUGAAGGAAAGCAGCCUGACCCUGCCCAAGGUGUACCUGGGGGUGCCGUGUCGGGCGGAGGUCGUGCUGCUCAACCAGGGCCUCAUUCCCACCCGCUUCCACAUCGGAGAGGUUGAGGGGGAAGAUGUAGAGGACUGUAGUGUGGAGAUGGACAAGACGGCAGCCUUCAUCAAACCUCGUGAAGAGUGCAUCAUCAACCUCGACUUUGUCGCGAAGAGAGAGGGUAUAUUUUCCGACGUGCGCUUCCCAGUGUACGUCGACGGCAUGGAGCUGCCGCAGGUGUUCAGUGUGUCCUGCUAUGUCAAGGGGAUGUCGGUCAAGUUCUCUGCAUCAGAAGAUGGAGAGAUCAAAAGCGAUCAGCUUAUACUGCACUUUGGUCAAGCUGUGGAGUUGGGUAGCUCCCCUCACAGAUACCUGUUCAUGCAGAAUAUGACAGCCAUUAAUGCUCCCUACACUGUCAGUGUGGACUUCCUGUUUGCCAGGCCACCGACACCACCCGAAAAACAGGGGGAGACAAUUCAAAAAAGCCGGAGAACUCUGUUGGGUCGUACACCCAAUCUGGCCGACCCGUUCAGUAAGACAUCAGACAAAGCAGAAGCAGACUUGAAACGAGCCAUGUUGUCCCAGGGCCAUGGUGCUUCCUUCACGGUUACCCCGGCAACAGGCAUCCUGCAGGCCUACGGGACACAGAGGCUGGACGUCACCGCCUACAGCAACAUGUGGGGCAGCUACACUGACAAGCUGGUGGUCAAGAUUGGAGACAUGGCGCCAGCAGAGGUACCCCUCACCAUGACCGUUGUGGGCUGUCCAUUACAGUUUCAGAUAACUGCCGCCAAGCCGGACCAGAACCCAGUGGUCAGGUUCGGAACUCAUGUAUCGGGUGUGGCUGCUGUGAAGAGGGGGAUGAGGAUCAACAACAACAGUCCCCACGAUAUCCGUGUCGACUGGCGCGAGUUCUGCAUCGAAGCUCAGGAUGACCAGCUUCUGGACCUCAAUGUGUGUUUCGGUCGACCCUUCCCACCAAGGGAUGAAAAUGGAGAGGAGAUUCCACCAAGAGAAGAUGAACCCCUCCCCCUGAAGCGAGCGCCAACAGAGCUGAUCCCCAACUCCCCCGAUACUACCCCCACCAUGAGCCGCCAGACCACCUGGACCGUCGAGAGUCUUCUGUCUGUCGUCGAGGAGCCACUCAAAGUUGUCUCCCUUUGUCUGGCGACUCACAGUGGGAAACAUUCCACACAACCCUUCCAGAUCAUCCCAAAUCAACUGGUUGUUCCAGCCUAUGGUCACUGCCAAGUGACCGCUCAGUUCACGCCACUCCCCCCAUCGGAGGUCAGCCAGGACAUGGAGUGCCAGGGCUUUGCUGUCGGCUACAUGAAUGUCGACGGAAAGGCUCGUGGCAAUGACAGCCGAAUCUACCGCCCCGAGGCCUUUGAUGCCGCUACAACUCGUCUGGACAUGACCGCCCACCUGAAGCCGGCCCUGUUGAGCAUUGAGUACACGGAGGAUGAAGGGAUGAGGUACCGGUCAGCGAUGAGUGACCUCCUGCAGGAUGGGCAGACGAUGCCGGAGGUACUGAGGGUGUGCAGCACCAUGCUGUCCAACAACACCGAAACCCCUCUCAUCUUCCGACUUAAGGUCAACAAGCCCUUCCAGCUGGUGGACCUGAACCCAGCAACCAAUCAGAUGAGAGCUUCCGUGGCCAUGGAAACAGGCUUCCACACCCUUCGUCCUCAACACAACCUGCUGGUGAAGGUGGCGUUCCAGACGACCACACAGCUGCUGGACACGUAUGGCUAUGUGGACGGUGACGACGUUCAGCUGUCAGGUCGCAAACUGGAGAUACAGGACGACCUGAUCAUCGAGUUCAACAACACCACCAUACAGCGAGUGCCACUGGAGGCCACACUGGCCAUCCCGGAGAUUGAGCUGUCGAAGCAGUCGCUGGACUUCGGCACGUGCCUGGUGGGACAGGAGAGGGUCCUGGAGUUCUUCAUCACCAACCAUACAUCCUCCCACAGCUUCUGGACUGCAACCAUCGAGAAUCCGUCAGACACGUGUGUAUCCGAAACCACGUUCAAGGUGCUGCCCUCUAGUGGGCUGCUGGACGCUCACAUCACUCACGUCAGCAACAGCAAGAUGCUGAUAAAGGUUCACUUCAAAGCCAAGCACGCGGAGAACUACGAGGCAGUUUUCCUGUUCCAGGGUGCUCUGGGAGAGGCCUCCAAGAGGUUGUAUGUCAGAGGUCAAGGGUCAUAUGACGGCAAACAUGAGGCUGUGCUGAAUGUAUAGUCCAUCCACAUGUGUGUGUGAAAUAUGCCAUAACGUUGCUCCUGUGGAUGAUACGUAGCAAUAUCUGUAAACGACUGGACCUUUUCAAGUUUUCUUGUCAGUCUUGUCACUUAUGUUGACAGUUGACUACCUUUAAAGCAUUUAAAGAUAUCUCUCAAGAUGUCAAUAUUACACUCACAAAAAAGAAAGAUGCUUAAUUCUUUCUUUAUCAGUUCAAAAGUCAAGAAAAUGGAGUCAUAUGAGGUCAUCUGUAGGCCUCUGGUUUUAGGAGUGUUGCAGUGAACAGUUACAAACUAGUGACAAAUACAACAGUAACAUACAGGUUUGGCCACCAGUCUGAGGCUAGUGAAAAUCCAGAGGGACUAGUUGUUUUCAACCAAACUCUAGUUAUUAUCCCCCACCACAAAGUGGAAGGGGGAUAUGGGAAUAGGUGCUGUCUGUUCAUCCUUCCAUUUGUCUGUCACAUUUCGUUUCCGGAGCAGAACUCAAAAACAAUGAGAUAUCUUAACCAAACUUGGCACAUAGAUAGGUCAAGUGGUAAACUGGAGCCUUUUGAUAGUUGGGGAUUUUUUAAAGUGUGUUUUUCAAGUUUCCAUGGCAAUGACUAUGAGAAAGACUGAAAAUGGUAGUGCUCGUUUCCGGGGGGCUAAUGCCUUGCACACAUCCGGACAUGUCAUAUUGGCGGGGGAUAGGAGUAUUUCAUGCUUGUUUACCAUAGGCCACUUGUCCAAAAUGAGCUGCGGACUAGUUGGGCAUGGCCAGGAGGGUCUACCACAGACACACUGUAUGCUGCAGCUUCACAGACACAGAUUCAGUUUCGUAACCCCUAGCAACAGCGACCCUAAGGUCCUGCCAGCAUAAUGUACAUGUUGUUUUGGCGUUGGUAAAUUAUUGUUAACAUUGAUAUCUUUAUAUAUUCAGCUAUUUAUUGAUGUUUGUUUUAUGUUUCCAAGGCUUUACAACUGUGAUAAAACGUCAUGUUAAUAGCAAGAUUCUUCUAGUUCUUGACUCUUCUGAAAUACUGUUUUACUGUUUUGAAUAAAGAGGCAUCAUAUUCAUACUAAUUCUUCUAUUUA